AUGAAUUUGAAUGUUGGAUGUCAAAAGAGGUCGUUCACUAUAGCCUCGUCCGUAUUUAGGAAACAUUCAAGUGAUAUAAAACCAGUAUUCAAACCUCACUUUCUGAAUCCAAACGAUGUUAGAUCAUUUGAAAAAAACCUACCAUUGACCAAGAAAGUAGGAAGACCUUGGGAAAACAUGAAUAUUUCCAAAGAUGAGUUCUUCCAGAGAAAAUACGGCAAUAUCAGCCCUGAGGAAAGAGAAAGGUUAAAUGAAAAAGUUUCCAGACAAAGAAGAAUGAGAGAAGCCAGGGUUUCCAAGGAGUUGGCUGCUAGAGAAGCAAAAAGGCAAGAGAUGUUUGAAGAAAAAAGGAACCAAAGAAAAGAAGCGAGGGGAUACACUGGUAACCUGAGUUAUUCUGUAUCUCGGGCUAAAUAUGAUUCCGUGUAUGAAUACAUCUAUGGAACUCAUUCUGUGAAAUCGGCCCUUCUUGCUAAUAAGCGUGGGUUGAACACUUUAUAUGUUCACAACUGUCAAGAUCCUACCAUAGUAAAGUUAGCCAAAGAUGCAUACAACUUGAGAAUUGUUGAAAGAGAAAGUAAAGGUGAUUUGAAUUUGUUAACAAAGAAUGGUGUUCAUAAUGGUGUGGUGUUGGAAGCAAAUAGUUUAGUUAUACCCUAUAUUGAAUCUGUUGGCGGUUCUGAAGAUGGUCAAUACAAACUCAGUUUAAUUGAUGAUGCUACUAAUAGACCUACUGAAGAAACCAGGCCCGUGGCAAGAGCAAAUGACAAAGAAGAAAGUCUUCAUCCUUUAGCAUUAUACUUGGAUGAGAUUACUGAUCCUCAAAAUAUGGGUUCAGUGUUGAGAACUGCAUUUUUCUAUGGGGUGGAUUUUGUGGUUCUUCCUGACCAUACUACAGCUAGAUUAGGACCGGUUGCCAAUAAGGCAUCUGCCGGCGCUAUGGACCAAAUGAACAUCUAUCAAACCGAUAGCAGUUUGAAAUUCUUACAAAGUGUUCGUGACAAUGGUUGGUCUCUUGUUAGUACAAGCGGUAAACCGGAUGAAGCCCAGAUGGCUGACUUAAAGGGAAAAGACGGCAAGAUUGUUGAAAAUCUCAAAUCCAAGUUUAUAGAAUUAUCGGAAUUGAGACUGCUUUUACAUGAUGGUCCUGUGAUGUUAGUUAUCGGAAGUGAAGGUGCUGGUGUGCGGACAAACAUCAAGAUAAAAUCCAAUUAUCUUGUUGGUAUUCCUAAGUUAAGACAAAAUGAUACCUUGGUUGAUUCAUUAAAUGUAGGCGUGGCUACUGGUAUCAUCAUCGGCAGCUGUGUUUAA